AUGCAGCAGAAAAAUCCACCUAAACAUGGCUUCCAGUCGAUUGUCACCCAGCUCACACUUGGCUUGUUCAUACUCCCCUUUGCUUCUUCCUACCCAUUUGGCGGAGUAGAGACUCGUGCUUCAAGCAUUCAAGACUGUUUGACUCAGAACUCUGUGCCAUAUCAAGAUAGCACUUCAUCUUCGUGGGCUACGACAAUUUCUCCUUAUAACCUUCGUUUGCAAUACACCCCGGCCGUCGUUACUUUACCUACCACCUCGCAACAUGUCAGCGAUGCCAUUGUCUGUGCGGCCGCAGCUGGACUCAAGGUCCAAGCGAAGUCAGGUGGACAUUCAUAUGCUAGCUACUCAACUGGUGGUAAAGACGGAAGCGUCAUCAUAAGUCUUGAAAACUUCAAUUCCAUCAGUGUUGAUACCGAAACCAACAUUGCUACAGUUGGAGGAGGUGUACGAUUAGGUAACCUUGCUCUUGGAAUCUAUAGUCAGGGUAAGCGAGCUCUCCCGCACGGGACAUGUCCAGGGGUUGGAAUAGGGGGCCAUUUCACACAUGGAGGUUACGGAUACGCAUCUCGACUCUGGGGUUUAGCUCUGGAUACUAUCGUUGGUCUCGAUGUAGUCCUUGCCAAUGGAACUCAGAUCCACACCACUGCCUCAGCUUAUCCUGAUAUCUUCUACGCAAUGAGGGGAGCCGGUGACUCUUUUGGCAUCGCUAUAGCCUUCUAUCUCCAAACCUUCGCGGCUCCAUCCUCCGUUCUUACCUUCUCAGCUAGUAUUCCUGCAACACUAGAUAGUGUCAGCACUGCUGUUUCAUCCUUCACUAAACUCCAGGAAUUUACUCUCGACUCCACCCGGAUCUAUAACAAUAUCACACUUGGUAUCUAUACCGAUAACUAUGGAUCUUUCAGCCUGAGCGGUUGGUGUAUGAGUUGCAAUCUGGACCAUUUCAAAAGCGUCACUUUCCCUGAGAUUCUCUCUGCUUUUCCCGCACCCGCUUCAAGCUCUGUUGAGUCUCUAGGAUGGACGGAAGCUUUAGUCAGUGCGGACAAUGGAGGACAACUCCAGGUGCCAUUAACCGGAUAUGAUGCUCACGACACAUUUUACGCGAAAUCUGUGGUGACAAAGAAUGCACAGCCAUUAACCAACUCCCAAUUAACUAGUUACUUUACCUACAUUUUGAAUCAAGGAAGAAAUGCGCCGUCUCCCUGGUACACUAUUAUUGAUUUAUAUGGAGGCGCGGGUAGUCAAGUCAAUGCGCCUUCUUCUGAUUCAUCGGCCUACUCUGAUCGUGAUGCUCAUUGGGUUUUCCAAAACUACGGAUUUACCGCCAAUUCGCUGCCACCAUAUGACGACGCUAUAACACCCUUCGUCGACUCUCUCAAUAGCGCUCUUUCAGCUGGUACAUCCACUGACUUUGGGGCAUACCUCAACUAUGUGGAUCCACAACUAAGUGCAACCGAUGCCGCAAUGCUUGGCUAUGGACAAAGCACUUACAAUAAAUUACUGAGCAUCAAAAAAGCCGUUGAUCCCAACGAAGUGUUCUGGAAUCCACAAAGUAUUGGUGCUGCCGACGAUACUGAUAGUACCAGCAAUGGUAGUAGCGGAACAACAACUUCAACUACGCCAACAUCUACAUCCACAACAUCAAAACCUAGUGCAACAUCACCAUUGAAGGUUUCAACAAAUGCGUCGUGUGGCAAUGGGUACACGUGUAAAGGAAAAGCUGGAAAAUUAAGUGAAGAAAAAGGUCUAGAUAGAUAG